GAUAGAAAAUAUUAUAAUAAUAAUAAUAAUGAUAAUAAUAAUGAUAAUAAUAAUAAUAAUAAUAAUAAUGAUAAUAAUAAUACUAAUUAUUUAUUUAAUAAUAACAUGUUAAGUCCAUACAACAAUUUUAUUAAUCAAAUUAUAUGUAUACACCCCUAUUUUAUUCUUAUAAAUAAUACAAAUUUUAAUUUGGUCAUGUGUAAAUCUUGUAAUUUUUAUAAUAAUAAUAAUAAAAAUUAUAAAACUAGUGAAGAACGUGAACAAAAUAAAAACAAAAGGAAUUAUUAUUUCCCUAGACACUCUAGUCAUGUUAUCAAUUUAAUAUCUUCAGAUGUAGAUAGAAAUUUUUUUUUUUAUAUUAGUAAUUGUAAUAAUAUUAAGAAUUAUCUUUUUAUAUGUGGAAAGGUAGAUAUAUCUAAAGAAUCGACCAUCAUCUUAUGUUUUCUGAAUAAUAAAAAUAUAAAACAUAAGGAGAACACAACCAAACGGAAACAUACCAAUAAUUAUAAUAUAAAAAAUAAUUAUAAUAUAAACAAUAAUAAUGAUAAGAAACAUAUAAAAACAGGAAAACAAACAUACCACGUGACGUUUAUUCAUUUAAAAAUAAACAUAUGUAAAGGAUUUAAGUUACAAGAAUAUUAUAAGAAAAAUAUAUUCCCGAAUAGUAUGUAUAUUAUUAUAUCUGAAUAUGUAAAUAAUAUGUCUAAAUUUGAAAAGUAUAUAUCAUAUAUAAAUAAUUAUAACAGUAAUAAAA